AUGGCGUGGAAGAGCAAGGACGCCGGGCUGCCGCUGCCCCCGGCCUCUGCCCCCGCCCCGAGCGGGACCGCAAGGCAGCACGGCACGUGGCGCGGGGCCCUCCCAGGCCGCGCGCCCUCGCGCGGAAACCGGAAAUGGGCUGCUCCCGCGCGCGCCGCCAGAGGACCGCCAAAAAGGCCCGCGCGCGGGGCCGGGCGGGGCGGGCGGGAGACCGACACAACCAGGGCCCUGCCGCGCCGCCUGCUCCGGCCAGCCCGGCCGCGCCUAGCCCAAGGAGAAAGCCUUUCCACGGCGACGCCCACUCACCAGAGGAAACGAGGAGCCGGACGGCAGUCUGGAGGUCCCGGCUGCGCCACUGACGCACACGCCUGGAGCCGGCGAGCAGGCGGCCCGGGGCGGAGGUUCCCGGGAAGGCUCAGCGGGGCUGUGCCUCAGCAGCCGAAGGAAUGCUGGCAGCGCACGCCGGCAGCCAUCACUUUGGCGGUGCACGCCCGGCCGCUACUUAUAGCCCGUCGCGACCCUCGUGACCCGCCGCGCCUCGCGUCGGCCCCGGAGUUCCGCCCCGCUGACGCAACCCGCCCGCCCGCGCGCCCAGCCUGCAGCUGGCGCUCAUCCCGCAGCCCGGCCCACUCCCCACAGCCCGCCUCCUCCCCGCUACACGGCCCCCUCCCUGCAAUCCGCCCUUCCGCACAACCCGGUCCCCUCUCCGCAGCCAGCGCGCUCCCCUCAGCCCUUCCGCUCCUCGUAGCCCACCCUCCUCUCAGCCCGGUGCCCUCCCCGCACCCCGGCGAGCUCCUCGCGACCCGCCCCCUCUUCCUCUCCGCAGCCCGGUGCCCUGCCCGCAGCCCGGAGCGCUCCUCGCGACCCGCCACCUCUCCCUCUCCGCAGCCCGGUCCCCUCUUCCGCAGCCGGCGCGCUUCCCCUCAGCCCGCCCCCUCCCCCCCAGCCCAGCCCCCUCCUCGCAGCCGCGCCCGGGGUCUUUGCGCCCUCGGGGACCGCCACCCGGUUGCCGCAGGCGGCGGAGGACCCUUUCUGCCGCCGGAGAUGGCCACGCUGGGUCACAGAGGCCGCGACCAAGUCGUGCCCUUGGGUGAAGACGGGCUGGGGAGUCACGAGCACCAGGUUGUGGUGCAGAGCCACUGGACGAUUGCAGGCCCUUCGCGAGACUGUGGCGCGGGAGACACUGACCCCCACUUGCCGCAGUGUGUCACCAUGAGCAAGUCCCACUGCGUCCGGGCUCCGAGCUCACGGAAGGUGAAGAAGAUGAGGCACAGGGAAUGAAGUAACAAACCAAUGAAGAACCUAACAAACUUCAGCUUUGUGGGCACUUUCCCGGCUGUCAGUCAACUGGAGAACUCUGAGCCCUAGAGCAUUUACUGAGUUGAACAGAGAAAUAAACUUUUGCCAU